CCUAAACGCCUAAACAUGAAAGCCGUCAUCAUUUUCGCUUGCCUUUUGGCCGUUGCCUUCGCUCGUCCCGCCGCCGAUACCCAAAUCGUCAAAUCCGACUCUGAUGUCGGACCUGAAAGCUACACCUACAGCUUGGAGACCAGCGAUGGCACCAAAAAGGACGAAGCCGGUCAAUUGAAGGACAUUGGCUCAGACCACGAAGGCAUCGUUGUUCAGGGUAGCUACACGUGGAAGGAUGAGAAGACUGGCGAAGUAUUCACUGUCACCUAUACCGCUGACGAGAACGGUUUCCAACCACAUGGCGCUCACUUGCCCGUUGCCCCAGUUGCAUAA